AGUGCUGCCUUUGGUGCCUCCUCUUCACAUUCACACACAGCUUCUCUCUCUCUCUCUCUCUCUCUCUCUUAUCUUCUUCCUCUUCUUUCCCUCACACCCGCAAUCCUUUAUUCUUUCCCACUUAGAGAUGUUCCUCAUGAAUCUAUAACCUGUUUUGAGACACGCAGAAGUCCAAGACUAGAUCUUGGUUUCUCCUCGCCUUGGUUGUCCAGAUCUGUUGGUUCAGAUCAUGAGGAAAGGCAGAGCAGCCGCGCCGGUGAAGGCGGCAGCCGGAGUGGACGGAGGAUCCGGAUCGAGGACGGUUUUAAAAGAGCCGAGGUACCGGGGCGUGAGGAAGAGGCCGUGGGGUAGAUUUGCUGCGGAGAUCAGAGACCCUGUGAAGAAAGCUCGUUUAUGGCUUGGCACCUUUGAUUCCGCCGAAGAAGCCGCUCGAGCUUACGACGCUGCCGCUCUCAGCCUCCGCGGACCUAAGGCUAAGACCAACUUUCCGAUCAACCCUUCUUCUCUCUCACCCUUCUGUUACCACCACAAUAGUAACAACCUCGCCGAUCCGUUUUUAGAUCACAGGUUGUAUGCUUCUAAUGGCUUCCAGGAGCACCAGAUCAAUCCUCAGAGACCUACCUCUAGCGGCAUGAGCAGCACCGUCGAGUCCUUCAGCGGCCCUCGUCCUCGCUCGAUGGCGCCGCCGUUGACCACCACCACCUCCCGGAGAUACCCUCGAACGCCGCCCGUUGUGCCAGAGGAUUGCCAUAGCGACUGCGAUUCAUCGUCGUCUGUGGUUGACAACGACGGUGAUGAUAUCGCAUCGUCCUCUUUCCGGCGGCCUUUCCCCUUCGAUCUUAACUUCCCACCGGUCGAUGAUGAUCUUCACUGCACCGAUCUGCGUCUCUGAUGCUGAAACAGAAGAAAGAAAAAGAAGGAAAAAAAAACGUUAUCUUUGAAUUUUUUUAUUGGAAUUUUUGUUCUUUCUCCUAUCUAAUAUGCGGAAGAAAAGAAAAAAAAAUUGAGGACGAUGAAAUAUGAUCUUAAAUCUGAGAGACAGUGGUGAUGAUGGGUAUUGCUCUUCCUUCUUCCUCUUAAGCUUUGUAAGAGGAAGAAGGAAGAAAGAGAGUAAUCUUAUAUGAACUGUUUGAUGAACAAGAUUUGAUGCAGAUCCUUGCCUGUUCUGCUUGUCUGUAAUGUACAAUACUAGUUAAGAAAAAUUCAGUAUCGCUCUAACAGAAGUUAGAUCUCUAGCUUCCUCUUCUUUUUU